GGCGGUGACUGUGCACCGACGUCGGCGCGGGCUGCACCGCCGCGUCCGUCCGUCCGCCCGUCCGCCCGCCCGCCACUAUGGCCACCACCGCCACCUGCACCCGCUUCACCGACGACUACCAGCUUUUCGAGGAGCUUGGCAAGGGUGCUUUCUCUGUGGUCCGCAGGUGUGUGAAGAAAACGUCUACGCAGGAAUAUGCAGCAAAAAUCAUCAAUACCAAGAAGUUAUCAGCCCGAGAUCAUCAGAAACUAGAACGCGAGGCCCGAAUAUGCCGACUUCUGAAACAUCCAAACAUUGUGCGCCUCCAUGACAGUAUUUCUGAAGAAGGGUUUCACUACCUCGUGUUUGACCUUGUCACUGGCGGGGAGCUGUUUGAAGACAUCGUGGCCAGAGAAUACUACAGCGAAGCAGAUGCCAGCCACUGUAUACAUCAGAUUCUGGAGAGUGUUAACCACAUCCACCAGCAUGACAUUGUUCAUCGGGACCUGAAGCCGGAGAACUUGCUGCUGGCAAGUAAAUGCAAGGGUGCUGCGGUCAAGCUGGCUGAUUUUGGCCUCGCCAUCGAAGUUCAGGGAGAGCAGCAGGCUUGGUUUGGUUUUGCUGGCACCCCAGGUUACUUGUCCCCUGAGGUCUUGAGGAAAGAUCCCUAUGGAAAACCUGUGGAUAUCUGGGCCUGCGGGGUUAUCCUGUAUAUCCUCCUGGUGGGCUACCCUCCCUUCUGGGAUGAGGAUCAGCACAAGCUCUAUCAGCAGAUCAAAGCUGGAGCCUACGAUUUCCCAUCACCAGAAUGGGACACGGUUACUCCUGAAGCCAAGAAUUUGAUCAACCAGAUGCUGACCAUAAACCCAGCAAAGCGCAUCACAGCUGACCAGGCUCUCAAGCACCCAUGGGUCUGUCAACGAUCCACGGUGGCCUCCAUGAUGCAUCGCCAAGAGACUGUGGAGUGCUUGCGCAAGUUCAAUGCCCGGAGAAAAUUGAAGGGUGCCAUCCUCACGACCAUGCUUGUCUCCAGGAACUUUUCAGUUGGCAGGCAGAGCUCCGCCCCCGCCUCGCCUGCCGCGAGCGCCGCCGCCGGCCUGGCCGGGCAAGCUGCCAAAAGCCUACUGAACAAGAAAUCAGACGGCGGUGUCAAGAAAAGGAAGUCGAGUUCCAGCGUGCACCUAAUGCCACAGAGCAACAACAAAAACAGUCUCGUAAGCCCAGCCCAAGAACCCGCGCCCUUGCAGACGGCCAUGGAGCCACAAACCACGGUGGUGCACAACGCGACAGAUGGGAUCAAGGGCUCCACAGAGAGUUGCAAUACCACUACAGAAGAUGAAGACCUCAAAGCUGCCCCGCUCCGCACUGGGAAUGGCAGCUCGAUGCCUGAAGGACGGAGCUCCCGGGACAGAACAGCCCCCUCUGCAGGCAUGCAGCCCCAGCCUUCUCUCUGCUCCUCAGCCAUGCGAAAACAGGAAAUCAUUAAGAUCACAGAACAGUUGAUUGAAGCCAUCAACAAUGGGGACUUUGAGGCCUACACGAAGAUUUGUGACCCAGGCCUCACUUCCUUUGAGCCUGAGGCCCUUGGUAACCUCGUGGAGGGGAUGGAUUUCCAUAAGUUUUACUUUGAGAAUCUCCUGUCCAAGAACAGCAAGCCCAUCCAUACCACCAUCUUAAACCCACAUGUCCACGUGAUUGGGGAGGACGCAGCUUGCAUCGCCUACAUCCGGCUAACCCAGUACAUCGAUGGGCAGGGUCGGCCUCGCACCAGCCAGUCAGAGGAGACCCGGGUCUGGCACCGCCGGGAUGGCAAGUGGCUCAAUGUCCACUAUCACUGCUCAGGGGCCCCUGCCGCACCGCUGCAGUGAGCUCAGCCACAGGGGCAUUAGGAGAUUCCAGCUGGAGGUCGAACCUUCGCAGCCAGUGGCUCUGGAGGGCCUGAGUGACAGCGGCAGUCCUGUUCGUUUGAGGUUUAAAACAAUUAAAUUACAAAGCGGCAGCAGCCAAUGCACGCCCCUGCAUGCAGCCCUCCCGCCCGCCCUUCGUGUCUGUCUCUGCUGUACCGAGGUGUUUUUUACAUUUAAAGAAAAAAAAAACCAGAAAAAAAGAUUGUUUAAAAAAAAGAAAUUCGUACCAUGAAGCGUUUUAAAACCAUCGAUAGCCCUUGGGCUGGCAAGAAGGCAGGAGUUUGUGUGACGCCCAUCCUGGCAUGAACACUGGGCUCACCCACCAGCCCUCAAGAGGUGAGCCCAGCCUCAGGCCCCCAUGGACUCAGGGGGACCAGGCAAGGGCUCUGACGGAGCUAUGGGGAGGCCAUGGUGUGACUGCAGCCCCUGAGGCGGCCUGCUUGCCCCAGAUCUAACAGUGGACUUCUUCAGAACAUGCACAGGCACCUAGAAUGAAGCUGAUGAAAACACCGUGGCCAUCAGACUUACUUAGGAGAGAGCGCAGAGCUGCCAGCCUGCUACAGAGACCGCUGAGAAGCAGGGGCCUCGGGACUGAGGGCCCAGACUUUGCUGUGCCGUUCCAGUUCGUGUAGGAAGGAAGAGAAUUGGUGCUGCAGAAGUGCGUCCACUAUGAAGCCAAUGAGAGAACUCGUGUGAAUCUGACAUGCACUCACUCACUCAUCCAUUUCUAUGGGAUGCACAAUGCACGUGGGCCCUGUUCCUGAGGCCUGAUUCCUGCAGUUGGGAAGAGGAAGGGGUUGCUGCUUUGCUUCAUGUUUGUUUUCUUAGCAAGGAGAGAGCAGGGGCUCCUCUCGCCACCUCUGACAGUUCUGUUUCUGUGCUGAUCUGGACCAUCUUUGUCUUGCAUUUUCACGGUGGUGGCCCCCACGCUGACCCUCAUCUGGGCCCGGGCCCUCUGCCAAGUGCCCCUGUGGGAUGGGAGGAGUGAGGCAGUGGGAUAAGAGGUGGUGGUAGUUUCUAUGCAUUCAGGCUGCCCUCGGGGCUGCCUUCCCUUCUUUCCUUGCUGCACGUCCAUCUCUUUCCCUGUCUUUGAGAUUGAACUGACUGCUCUGCUAAGAAGUGUCCUCUCUCAAGAGGCCUCUUUACUGACCAACUGAAGUAUAGACUUUUCUGCUGGACAAUCUGCAUGGGCAUCACCCCUCACCUGCAUGUACCCCCCCCACCAAAAAAAAAAAAAAGUGUCCAGAGCCAAGGCUCCUACAUUCAUUGUCCUUCUCUGUGCUCAUGGAGUGCCAUUCCAGGAUGAAAAGAUCUGUACCCUCAGCAGGUAACAGAGAAGAUAAUGAAGGAGCAAAUUGGCCACAGCUUUGGUUUCACCCUCUAUAAAAGUGUGUGUAUUAUUAUCAGCACAGCUAUCUGCACUUGGGGGGAAAGGUGGGUAGAUGACAGCUUCCUGGACAACCUUCAGGAGGCAUACACAGGAGCUGGACAAGAGUCAAAACUACAGGCUUUGGAACAAGCUAAGAAGAGGACAAACUCAUGGGUGCUGGAGCUUGGAUUUAGCCAGGUUCCUUAAGCACCCUAUGCAUGCCCCAAACCCUACACCUACCUAACCCCUUCCUGCCCUGCAGCCUGCAGUGCCAGCUCGCAGUACCUUCACCAGAGUUUUGGUUUUGCUGGCUUGAAGACAAAAAUAAAUGGUCUUAGAGUUCACUGAGACCCAUAGCUUCAUAUGGCUGCUCCAAGCCCCACUUCUUAGCAUUCUUUCUCCUCUUCUGGGGCUAAUGUCAGCAUCUAUAGACAAUAGACUAUUUAAAAAAAAGAAAUCACCUUUUAAACAGGAAAUGGAAGGCAUUUGAUGCAGAAUUUUUGCAUGAUGACAUAGAAAUAAUUUAAAAAAAAUAGUGUUUGUUCUGAAUGUUGUUAGACCCUUCAUAGCUUUGUUACAAUGAAACCUUGAAGAUAUUUAAUAAAAUAACCUUUAAACAGUC